GGAAAGUGGGUUAGUGAAGGAGUCCUGUGUAAGAUCCAGAUCCUGCUCAGUGUGCCUGGCUCAGCAUCCUCAGCCAUAGCAGCCCAUAGGCUCUGCUGCCCACCUCCCCGGGAUUGUAUGGGGGUCUGCGCUUCACACCCAGGCAGGGGGCAAUAAGGCACUUCAGGAUAUGGAGCUAUUUUUAUAAGAGAUCUUGGAAUUGGCUGCAAACAGUUGGGGAUUGAAGGACUUAAUUUUCGUGGUUGAUAUUUUUCCCAUUUUAACCCCUUUUGGUGUGCGAAGUUGUUUUUCAUUUUUGGUGGCAAGUUUACAUUUUUAAGGGUAUUUUUGUUCCUUUUUUUAACCAUUUUUUGGUUUUGAUUUCCAAAAUUGACCAUGGUUGGGCGAUCUCAAGCAGACAGGAAUCAGCUGCCCCUCUUGCUUCUCAGACUGCUCUGCCUUCUUCCCACAGGGCUGCCGGUACGCAGCGGGGAUUUUAACCGGAGCACCGACAACAUCACCGUCCGGCAAGGGGAUACAGCCAUUCUCAGAUGUUUUGUGGAGGACAGGAGCUCCAGAGUAGCUUGGCUGAACCGUUCUGGCAUCAUAUUUGCUGGAGAUGACAAAUGGUCCCUGGACCCAAGGGUAGAGCUGGAAAAGAGAAGCCUCCUUGAAUACAGCCUCCGCAUUCAGAAAGUGGACGUCUCUGACGAGGGGCCCUACACUUGCUCUGUGCAGACGAAGCAGCACACGAAGACAACGCAGGUGUAUCUUAUUGUGCAAGUUCCACCAAAGAUCUCCAACAUUUCUGCAGACAUCACUGUGAACGAGGGCAGCAACGUGACGCUGAUGUGCAUCGCCUACGGGCGCCCAGAGCCCAUGAUUACCUGGAGACAUCUCACCCCAACAGCUGGAACUUCUCCAGCCAGAGAUUUUGAAGGGGAGGAGGAAUUUCUGGAAAUUCAGGGGAUCACCAGAGAGCAGUCUGGGAGAUACGAGUGCAAAGCUGCAAAUGAGGUAGCCUCAGCCGAUGUGAAGCAAGUCCGCGUCACUGUGAACUAUCCCCCCAUCAUUACUGAAUCCAAGAGCAACGAAGCAACCACCGGCAAGCAAGCCAUCCUCCGGUGUGAGGCCUCCGCCGUCCCCGCGCCUGAUUUUGAAUGGUACAAAGAUGAUACAAGGUCUCGCAGAAUAAACAGUGCCCAGGGCCUGGAGAUACGCAACACCGGUAGCCGAUCCGUACUCAUGGUGGCCAACGUGACCGAGGAACACUACGGGAACUACACCUGCGUGGCUGCUAACAAGCUUGGGAUCACCAACACAAGCCUAUAUCUCUACAAGCGCGUCUCACCCACAAAACCCAUGUCCGCCUCAGAGAGAGGCAGCAACGUGCAUUACCAGUAUAAAGGACCCGGGACGCCGAUAGACAGCGCUACAAGCCUGGCCGCAUCCCUUUGGCUAAUGGCCAACCUCCUCUUCUGCCUCUUCUGCACAUGUUAAUAUAAUAAAUAUAUACAAGAAAAAAAAAAAAGAAAAAGAAAACACACAAAAAAAAAAAGUAAUUUGGGAGAGAAGGAGAGAGAGAGAGACCGAACUGUUUCCUUCAAUAAAAAAAAAAGCGUCACAAAAUGGGGGAAAAAACAAAAAAUAACAAUAAUGAGAAAACCAGAAAUCGUUUCGUCCGAGGAGGAAUCAGAUCGUCGCGAGGAGAAAGGACUGAAUUCUGUUUGAAGAAACACAAAAUGCUGAGAACAUUGAAAAAAAGCUGUAAAAAUCUGUUUUUUUUUUCCUUGUCUAUUUUUGUUUUUUUUUUCCUCUCGGUUCUUUUCACGUAACAGUCUAACGUCGUCGUUCCAAGACUCUCUCUCGCUCGUUCCCAACGGACUCAAUGCUAACCCUGGUUUCUGGUGUCCCUUUGCCCCGUGGUGUAGGAGAAGAGUCAGUAGAACCCCCCGCCCUUCCGCUAGUUAUGGUACAUUCAGGGGGCGGGGAUUCUCUUCAACGGGUAAAGUAAGUGUCAAUAUUGGAGGACGCCGUGGCAACCAUAGCGCAAAGCUUUUUGGGUUUUUAUUCCUUAAUGAUUUUAACAAAUUGGGCAGAUAAUUGUAGAAAUUUCCGUGGACUUUGAAGCUAUGACGCCUUCUACUCACGUCCUAUUGGCUCUCCUCCAUGUGACACCUACUUUUGCUCUUGCGGUUAUUUUCUACUUCACGCCCUUUUGCCCCACCCCCAGUCACCUGUACAGCACUUGGCCUUCACAUUGGAUGAGGUCUGAUGAUAUCAAAAUGGGUUUUUCUGAUGAUGCCUGAUGAUGUCACAAUGGGUUUUUCCGAUGAGGCCUGAUGAUGUCACAAUGGGUUUUACACUUUACUUUGAUCUACGAAUUCUAAAGAAAGAAGGGCAAUUGGCUAGGUAUCAUAAACCAACCAAUAACACCAGCACCCCCGGGGUAAAGCGAGGGGGCAAAGGGAUCGAAAGGUUUCUGGGCUCAAACUUUUACAGGGAUUGCUUUCUUUGCCUGCUUCCGUGUGAGUGUGAGUGUGCGCAACGCUUGCCGUAGGGACUAACACAUAUCACGACCAACAGGGUUUUGUUCAUGCCGCGACCAUUUUGCAUGACGACAGUGGCAAACACUGCAAUAGGCACUAAGUGACCAAUCACAGAAAUAGCCAUACGGACCUGGUCACGUGAUUUCCAUUGAAUCACUCCAAUCCUCAGUGGGCGACCCAUUAUCUCCUACCUACGAGCCGGCUUAGUACGUCCGGCCGUCCCACGGUUUCCAUUUUCAAACCCAACUGGACGAUGGUCUUCUACAAGGAUCCCAGUUGGCCAGUUUCUACCAAGGGUUUCUAAGCUGGACCUCAGCAAGCCAUGAUGUUAGGAUGUCCCUACAGGAACCCUGAUGGAUCACACCAAAACUCAGACUGAGAUACCUAUAGUAUAAAUCCACCCAUGGCCUUGUAUAAAGGAUGCACCGUUUGAGUAUGUGGAACCCACUGAUUUAGGGUACAAGUAUAUAGAGUGGAUACGGUAUUAUGUCUUAUUGUGGUGUUUAUUUUACAAUAAUUCCCGCCUAGGCCUUCACCUCUCCUUAACAUUGUUCCUCUAACUGUAGUACGUUAUCAUGAAUACAAAGAGGAGGCGUGCAUGGCUGUUUGGAAUAUGAGUCAAUGACAAUAGCAUUUCCAUUGGGUUGGAAGGUUCUGGGACUGAAGACUUGACAGAACUUGCUUUUCUAUGGUCUAUGAUAAGGUACCACUUUUUGUGAUUAGGUUCUAGCCCUCCAUUAAAGCAGUUAUUUAUGUAUAUUAUAAAUAAUCUCAAGAACUAAAUUUGUGCUAUACCUCUAAA